AGCAGCAGCGCCAAGCAGGAGCUAUGUAGUACGGUUUACCUUAGGAGACGGACAACAAGACAACAGUCAGUCCGUCUGACAGAAGCUAGCGGAAAACUGCAGAAUUGACGGAGACUCCAUGAACGUGGCCCGUUCUGACUAAGGCAUCUAGUGUUCUUACUUAUGAAAUAGUAGUCAUGAUUCCUCUUCUCGAUCGCCUCGUUGCUGCUCAGGUCUGCGUUUGUCGCGAGAGCGAGAGGGACGCGCGGGUAGACAUUUCGAGCUGGCCAUGGCCAAUACAGACAGAGUUGCGCAGCUGUCGGACUUAAAUCGUUUCCACUUACCGUUCUCGAUACAUUAGCUCAAAACAUGCUGCUCACGACUCGAUAACUAAAACGCGGCUCGGCUCGGUCCGGUACUUCAUUCACACGAAAGACUCGUUUCGAUAUUUAUCAUGGAGUCGUACAUGGAGAAGCGGCACGCGUACCGACGGCGCUACCUGCCCUGGUACUGCCGGCCAGUGCUGCUGAGCGAGGACGACCUGGAGCUGGGGGAGAUGGAGGAGGAGGAAAGGGAGGAGGAGGAGCGGCGCCGCCACGAGGAGAAGCUGCAGAUGAUCAUGGCGGCGAAGCCCGUCAAGUGGACCACAUACGCGAUAUUGGCUGCGGCGUUUUUCGCGCUUGUGCUGCUGGCGGUGCUGUGCUGGGCGUUCAUCGCCGCCAUGCAGCCGUCCUCCGACUCCCUCGCCCUGCACCUGCGCUCUCAGCGACUGGACGCCGCUGCCCUCGCGGUGCUCUCCAUUCAACAGAGGCUGCAAUACGCAGCAGUGGCGCAGGCCAUGGCGCUGACGUCAGCUCUGAACGCUGUGAACCGAAGCAUCGCCAGCACGAGUAGACAAAGCAGCGGCGGCGGCAGCAGCGGCAGCAGCAGCGGCAGCAGCAACCUGACAAGUGUUCUAGCAUAUUCCCAGGAGGCCCUGUUGACCACCUCCUUGCACUUCAUCCGCCCUGACCCCUCUCUCCACAUCGCUGCUUUUGUUGCCCUGGACGGCUCUCUCACCGGUUACCUGCGCCCCUCCCAGGGGCCCUUUCACACUGACAGCAGCAGGAGCAGCGUUAGCAGCAGCAGCAGCAGCAGCAGGAGUACUAAUAGUGGAAGCAGCAGUGCAAGCAGUGGCAGCAGUGACAGCAGUGCGAGUAGCAGCCUCGUUGCAGCCCCUUUGUACAGAAUCCGUUCCAACCUCUCUGUCGCUCAAGCAGCUGUGAUCGGGAGCAACCAAGUGGCAGGAGGUACUCCAGGUGCUCGGGGGGAGAGCCAGCCUCGUUCACAGAACCAGCCGACUCCCCAGAGUCAGCCUAGCUGGAAGAGCCAGCCUAGUGUGACCGUUUCUGACCCCACACUGACGCACACUGACUCUCUGCUUGACACCCCUCCUAGAAGGCUAACUGCCUCGUCCACCAUCUCCACCGCACCCCACCACUCUGAGUUCCACAGGGCGCAUGCUCGUCGUGCUGCCACCACCUUUGCUGCCUCAACGGGCAGUGGAGGCACCAUCCGCAGCCAAAGCAGCACCAGCGGCACCAGCAGCACCAGCAGCACCAGCAGCACCAGCAGCACCAGCAGCAGUGCUGUUCAAGGCUCAACCAAAGCCUCAGGUCUAGGCUCGGCCCAAGCCUCAGGUCUAGGCUCGGCCCAAGCCUCAGGCCCAGGCUCAGCCAUCCCAUCCUCUCCUUGCACGUUGCUGCCUUACGUUCUCGAGGGAUCGUUUCUAAACGGCUCCUUAGUGAAUCAGUCUGUAGUGAGUACGGCCAUGCUACCUGACCUGCGCGCAGUGCUGGGUUACAAUUCCUCCCUCUCGUUACAAGCAGGUUCCUUUAUAGACACACUCGGUUCAGUGCUCCCUGCUAAAUGCCCGCCACCAGUUAUACCUCCCCCACCUGACUGGCCUCUGGCCUUUCUAGCAGCGCUCUCUCCCGUUUUUUGGGGUGAUGCAGCCAGCUCAGCAGGUGCCACGUCAGUGGGCGCCAGCCUGGCAGCUGUCUCCCUUGCUGACGUGGCAGCAUCUUGGGCUGGCAUCAGUAUCAGCUGCGGCAGCAGACCAGCCAGUCAGGAAGGAACGCAGAAGCUUCCCUCGCGUCUGCUGCUUGUUUCGGCCACUGGAGGGCUUAUGUUGUCCUCUUCUGGCGCAGCGGGUGGCCCAAUAGCACCUGAUGACGCCAUUGUGACGUCAGCAAUGGCUGCGUUAGGGCUAGCCAAGCCUGCUGAGUCAGCAGGUCAGGGUGCUGAGUCAGCAGCAUCGCCUGUGGUGGAAGCAGCUCCAGUGAACACGUCAGCAGCAGGGUUAAUCAGCAUCAUGAGAUCGCUACAGACAAACAUUGCCGGCCAGGAUUACCACAUUGACUCGCUUCCCCUUGUCUUCAGCACCGUCUCUAACUAUACCAUCGUGUAUGUGUCAGCAGUGCAGCUGUACCAGACGCCACCCGCCACGUCCACCAGGAUAGCGUCCCUCGUGCUGCUGCUGCUCUCCCUCGCCGCCCUGCUCGCCUGUGCGCUGCUGCUGGCCUCCGCCGUGCGCCGGCGAAGCGGCAACAUAGCGUUCCUGCAGGAUGAGGUGCAGAGGCAGAUGGUGCUCACCAAGAGGGCAGAAGCACGCUCUCAAACCAAGAGCGCCUUCCUGGCGAGCAUGAGCCACGAGCUGCGCACGCCCAUGGCAGCCAUCCUGGGCCUGCUGGACCUUGUGCUGUGCGAGGACCUGCUGCCCGAGGUGCAUGUCAACGUGCAGCAGAUCAAGCUCGCCGCCACUGCGCUAUUGGGCCUUCUCAACUCCAUCCUCGACCUCAGCAAGGUGGAGGCGGGGAAGCUAGUGUUGGAGUGUGUCGACUUUGACAUCCGGAAAGACCUCGAGCUCAUUGUGGAGAUAUUUUCCGUGCAGGCUCUAACUAAAGGCACGGAGAUCUCUCUCGAUCUACCAGACGAUCUAACUCGCAUGGUGAAGGGCGACCCCCACCGCGUGCGGCAGGUGUUCAACAACCUGCUCUCCAACUCCAUAAAAUUCACCCCCAAGGGGCACAUUGUCAUCCGCGGGUGGAACAAGCACGCCCCCGGGGGCCAGCACGGGCAGCACGGGCAGCCGAGAGGCGCCCAUGGCCACAUGCUCGGGGCGCUGGAGGCAGGGGGGGGGGAGGGGGGCGAGAAGGAGAGGUCGAAGGUGGAGCUGGUGUUUGAGCUGGAGGACACGGGGUGCGGCGUGCCCAAGGAGAAGCGGGAGACCAUCUUCGAGACGUACGGCCAGGCGGACCAGGCGCACGGGCGGAUAGGCACUGGGCUGGGGCUCGCCAUUGUGCGAUCGCUGGUGGAAAUGAUGGGUGGCAAAAUCGCUGUAGUAGACAAGCCCAUCCCCAGCCCCGGCACGCUCUUCCGCUUCAACCUGUCGCUCGACCCAGCAGCCAGCAACCCCAGUGCGGAGCAGGAGCACGAGAAGGAGAGCUGGCGCCUGGAGGCGCCCCUCAUGAGGGCGCUGUGGGAUGGGGACGUGCUGCUGGUGAUGGAGGGGUGCCCGGGGAGAGAGGUGGCGGGGAAGUGGCUCAGGCAGAGGGGGCUCACGGUGGAGGAGGUGGGGGCGUGGGAGGAGAUGGUGGAUCGGAUACGACAGGUGGCAACAGCAGCAGAGGAGAAGGCUCGGGCAACCGAGGCAGCAUACGAGCGCAUGAGAAUGGACGACCAGUUCCUGCUCCUGCCAUCCUCCCUUGGCGGCGCUAACCCCACCUCCUCCGCCACUCAACCUCUAAGCACGGCAGAUGCCUUUGCUGCUCUGCAAAGGUUUGGAGAACCGCCAGGGGGGGCAGGAGGAGGUCUGGGUGCUGUAGGCUCGGGAGAUGCAGGGAAGGAAGGUUCGGGGCUAGGUUCAGCAGCGCCAUGGCCGAGGGGGAUCCUGUCUCUGGGGCUUAGAGAGGCGGGGGGGAGUGCUGGGUCGCUGCUGUCGGCAGGUAGUGGGGGAGGUGGAGGUGGGGGAGGGGGAGCAGCAGGAGGAGGAGGGGGAGCGGGAGGAGGGGUGAGUAAUGGUGGGGUGAAUGGGUUGGCAAGCGAGAUAUCAAGGGAUGGGGAUGAAGCAGGGGAGAAGAUAGCUGGAGUGGCAGCAGCAGGAGGGGCGGCAGGAGCGGCAGGAGCGGCAGGAGCAGCAGGAGCAGCAGGAGCGGCAGCAGGAGGGGAGAAGGGUGGCAUUCGCAGUGCGGGCAACUCGCCCUUGCGACUGGGGCGCAUAGGCAGUGUGAACAGUGGGCACAGGAGGCAGAGCAGCCUGGAGAGAAUAGGAGCCCUCUUUGGUGGAGCAGGCGCAGGGGCAGGGGUAGAAGCAGGGGGGGGAGGGCUGGGCGGAUGGGAGGCACCAGGCAAGAGCGGUCUAGCAAAGGAAGGGAUGGGGGAUGGAGCAGGGGGAGGGGCGGUAGUAGGAGGGGAAGGAGGGGGAGGAGGAGGAGCAGAGGGCGUGAAGGGCUUGGGACCAGGAGGUGGGGCGAGAGGAGGGUUGGAGCGAACAGUGAGCCUGCAGACAGAGAAGAAAGGCGGAGGCGGGGGAGGGGGAGGAGGGGGAGGGGGAGGAGGGGGCGUGGGGGGGGGGUUAUGGAAACAGGGAAGCCUCACCCUGGGGAAGGUGUUUGGGGGGAGGGACAGGCGGGGGAGCGGGGGUAGUGACGCUGGGUCGGGCGCUGGAGGAGGAGGAGGGGGCGGCAUGGGGAGCAGCGGCGGCAGCGGCAGCAGCAGCAGCACCAGCGUUUGGCGGCAGAACAGUGUAGAAGGGCUGUUUUCGAAUGCGUUUGUGCGUACCGAUAGGAAAGGCAGCGGGUUUUCGAGCGUGAGCAGCGACGGCGAGAAGGCUUGUAUGGAGGAUAACAAUAACAGUAACCAUGCUAAGAAACAGGCUGCAGUAGCGUUGGUUAUAGUGGAUACUAGCAUGCUUCCGGGACUGACGUUACCGCUACCGUCGGACAACAAGCAGCCUGGGGACUGGUCGGCGCAGAACCCGCCGCCCCUCCCGUCAUCGGCUGCUGCUGCUGCAGCUGCCACGGCCGCGUCAGCAGCAGCAGGUCAGGCAGAGGCGCUUGGCACUGCUGCUGCAGCAACGGCAGUGGCAGGAGGAGGGGGAGGGGCAGGGGGAGCAUGUUCAGCAGCAGGGGGAGCAGGAGCAGGAGGUGGGGCAGGAGGGAGAGGAGGAUCGGGAGGAGGGGGAGCAGGGGCAGCAGGGGCAGGAGGAGAGGCGGAUCUAGGCCCGUUAAACGAGCUCUUGGCUUUGCUAGACAUAUGCAGGGCGGGAGGGGGCAACAGCUCGCUGCCUGUCAUGUGGUUGGUAGCCGCCAACACGCCUGCGUCUGUGCGCGAGAGGUUGAGAGCGGCUGGGUGCGAUACUAUUGUGUCGAAGCCCCUGCACCCCACUAGGAUGGAGCAGUUACUUAACUUGGCCAUGGAUAUUAAGUACGGGAUAGGGGGGACUGCUGGCGAGGGGGAGAGGGGGAGGGAGAGAGGGAGGGAGAAGGGAGGAGGAGGAGGGAAGGAGGGGAAGGGGCACAAGAGCGUGAAUCUGAGGAUCCAGAGGUGCUUGAGUGCGGUGGAUGAGGAACUCAGUAACGCGGAUGAGAUGAGCAAUGGGGAUGACUCGUGCCUGUCCACGCCUGCUGCGUCGUCAGAGUUUGACCUCACCACUCCCAGGUCUGGUGAUGGCGCGUGUGAAGGCAGGGAGAGAAGGGAUGGGAGGGAGGGUAGGGAGAGGAGAGAAGGGCGGGAAGGGAGAGAAGGGAGGGCAGAGAGGGACGGGAGGGAGGAGAGAGGAGGGAGGGAAGGACGAGAUAGUAGAGAUGGGAGAGAAGGGAGAGAUGGGGGAGACGGGAGGGACAGGCCAAGCGGUGGCGAUGGUGAUAGUGAUAAUGGUGAGGGGGCAGGAGGAGAAAGAGGAGAAAGAGGGGAGAGAGGGGAGAGAGGGGAGAGAGGGGAGAGAGGGGAGAGAGGGGAGAGAGGGGAGAGAGGGGAGAGAGGGGGGAGAGGAGAAAGGAGAGAAAGAGGGGAGAGGGUGGAUGGUCGGUACCGUACGAGAAGGCGGCCGGAUGGCUCCGAUUCUUGGCGUGGCAGCACUAGUAGUGCUGGCAGCGGGGAGGACGAUGGGUCUGGUGAGGGGGGAGGAGUAGGGGCAGGAGGGUCCAUCACCCCGCGCACACCCCGAACGCUGCAGAACCUUCUCCUGCCCUUCCCUCGCUCCGAGUCCCGCAGCUCCCUAGAUGACAACAAGGGGGGCACUUCUGCCCCUACUCCCCCUCCGGACGGCCACAGAGGGGCCACUCAAGACGGCCACCCCCUACGGCGCGGCUCUUUCCGGAACGACCCUGCUGCCUCGCUCACCUCCCCCCGCUCCCCCUCCUCGCUUUCCUCGGCCUCUUCCUCCUCUAUGGAUCGCUCCACCAGCGGGCGGCUCCUGCCUGCCAUUGAUUCGCUCUUCUCCCCUCGCAAGCACGUUCACUCGCAAUCACACUCACACUCUCAAUCGCACUCUCACUUGCAAUCGCAUCGCGCCUCUUCUUCGUCCACUCGUGCCAAGCGCAGCGGCAGCGGCAACAGAAGCCGGGACAGGGGUGGAGGGGGUGCAAGUGCGUCGGGUGCAUCGUCCCACCAAAAGGCAGUGCUGGGGCCCCCGUCGGCACUGGCAGGUGUGCACAUCUUAUUGGCGGAGGACGUGGCGAUGCUGCAGCGCGUGGCGGUGCUGAUGCUGAAGAAGAUGGGUGCGACGGUGGUGGCGGUGAGCAACGGGCAGGAGGCGGUGGAUGCGGUCACGCGGCAGAUGCGAGGGGGAGAAGGAGGGGAUGCUGCACAAGGGGAGGCGUUUGACCUCGUGCUCAUGGACUGCCAGAUGCCUCUACUGGACGGCUAUGCAGCAACGAGGGCGAUUAGGGAAGCAGAGCGGGGCAGCAGCCCACCAGUGCACAUCCCAGUAGUGGCGCUGACCGCCAACGCCAUGGCGGGGGACCACCACAAGUGCCUUGAUGCGGGCAUGGAUGGUUACCUCACCAAGCCCAUAGACAGCAAGCUUCUUACGGAAACAGUGAAGAAGCUCUUAGGGGAUCGCAAGAAGCGCAAGUGAGCGUACACGAGGAGUGAGGAGAGUGUACGGGGGAUGUGCUCCUUGUGUGUAAGGUAUGGGGGGGGGGGGGGGUGUAUAUGCAUGCGCUCAUCUGCAUAGAGAUAUUGGGUGGAUGUGCGCAUGGCAGAGGGAUGGUUGCUCCUCCACAUUGGGGCAUGUGGAACGUUCAAAUUCAACAGCCUGAUCCACUAGUGAAGGCCUUGGUUGGUACGUACAUUCCUCAAUUGAUUUAGACUUUAUGUGACCUCUUACUAGGGAUUGCUAUGAAUCUAACGUAGCUUGUAUCGUAUCUGUAUCUUCACAUAGUACAGCCUUUGAAGUUUGACGCCUC